UAUCCUCCAAAGUAAAAUCACAUGACGCGCAUUUUGUCAUAUGACAUCGAUGAUAGAGUUUAUUCUCGGGUGAAUAAGGACCUGGUGUUUUCAGCGAUGAGAUGCUGCAGACAGAGCCAGGGUGGAGGUUCAGGCUGAUCCGCAGGAGGAUGGACCGUCAGGGGCUUCUGUCUGCCUUCACCGCCGCUUGUUUCAUCGGCUUGGUACAGAGCCAGACCACGCUCAGCCCUGCUGUGAUGAACACCACUGUGCUGCAGAAUGCCACCGUUGUGACUCCAACCCCCGUGAUUUUUAGCAGCACCACCCCAGGCUGUUUCGCUUUCAACGUUUCUACUUGUGAGGCUUGUGCACCAGGGUCACAGUACGAUAACAACACCCUGCUUUGCACAUGCUGCCCUGACCCUGGGCUGUGUAUAUUCCCCGGAGCAUGUCUUCCAUGCAAGAUGGGUUUUCAUCAGCCACUGGCAGGAAAGCAGGAGUGUCUGCCCUGCAGUCCAGGCUCCUACACAAAUUUUACUGGGAGCCCGUUGUGUCACCCCUGCCCUGCAGGAUCUUUCAACAACAACACCGGUGGAGAAAGCUGCUCAAACUGUUCUCCAGGUUUCUUUGCAUCAAAGCUCGGCUCCACUUCCUGCACACCAUGUGCACAGGGAAGCUUCUGCAACUCAUCUGGUUGCACGCAGUGCCCGGUGUGUCCUGGAGGAACAGAAGCUCUGCAGACUGCUGCUAAAGACUGCACCCCCUGCCGGCCAGGUAUGUACAAGACUCCCAAUCAGAGGAUGUGCCAAAUCUGCAGCAGCGGCUAUUACCAGAUCCUCUUUGGUCAGGAGAGCUGUGAUCUCUGCCCAGAGAACCACUACUGCCCUAGCCCUGAUGUGAACCCCAUCCAGUGUCCGAGUGAUGCUUUCUGCCCCAAAGGGAGCACGGCUCCUGGUUACUGCAUGGAGACGUUCUUCAGGAAAGCAGGGGACACCUGUGAACUGGCGCCGGUUACCAUCGCUCUGCUGGUUAUAGGAGGAGGCGUGGUCUUACUCUGCAUCAUUCUGCUGGUUCUUCGUCGACGCCGGGACCAUGACAGGGAGCUGGCAGCCGCCCUGACUCCUCUGCUGCGCAAAGAGCGACCUCAGGGCCGGUACUACGGCCUGCCCUGUGACACAGAACCAGUCUAUGCUGGCUGGUGAAACACAACCAACGUGAACUCUGAAAAAUCCUCCAAUCUGUAAAUCACCUAAAAUAGAGUGACAAACCCAUGUUUACUGAGAAAAAAAAAAAAA